AUGGGGCUUCGUGUUGUUUCCUGUAAGGACCGGUGUGAGAUCCGAUUGGAAGAUCCGAAUUCCGGCGAUUUGUUUGCGGCUUGUUUUGUUUAUCCUGGCCAGAGGGAGAGCGCUGUGGAGUCGGUGCUCGAUUCGUCGAGGUAUUUUGUUUUGAAAAUCGAGGAUGGCACGGGGAAACACGCAUUUAUAGGGUUAGGGUUUACAGAGAGGAACGAGGCGUUUGAUUUCAAUGUGGCGUUGUCGGAUCAUGAGAAGUAUGUGAAGAGGGAGAUUGAGAAGGAUGCCGAUGAAGCCAGCGACGAGAGUCAUAUCAAUAUCCAUCCUGCUGUAAAUCACAGAUUGAAGGAGGGUGAAACAAUUCGGAUCACUGUAAAAAACAAACCUGCAAGUGGAGCGGGGAUGCUUUCAUCUGCGGGAUUAUCGGAAAAGAUUAAGCCACUCAGCCUUGCUCCUCCACCUGAGAAGGUUAAGUCUAAGCCUCUAAGCCUUGCUCCUCCACCUGUUGCCUCCGGGAAAAUUAGGUCUCCAAUCCCACCUCCACCCAAUGAUCCUGCUGCUGUUCGGAUGACUUCUACAACUCAUAAUGUUGCUGCAAGGAAUUCUACAGAUGCUUUCACAGAUUUUUCUCAGCUGGAGAGGAAUCUUCCUUCAAGUGGUGGAUCUGGAUCAACAACUCAAAGCAAAAGCAAAAGCAGUGCAGCUGGAUGGGCAGCAUUUUGAUUGUAUCAGAUGAGGUGUAAUACUUGGAUGAUAUCUUUUCUUCUGUUAUGUUAAUGAUGAGGAAAGCAAGCAGAAUAGAUGACAUGAUACAACAGAAGGUAGCAAUCAAUAUACAGUGACAGUCCAUUAUUGGAAAUAAUUGUAAUUGUCUGGAAUAUAUAUUCGUGACCUUGUAUUUCAUAAUUAUAUGUUACAAUUAUCUGCCAACAUUAGUCCAAUUUCACUCUGACGUUAAGAUAUUGUCUUCCCAUUGUUUCCUUCACGGUGAGUCUGUUGUUGCC